GCGACCUCCCCCGAGGCCACGUGACCCAGCCCGAGGGAGCGCCGACGUCCAUCCCGCGCCUGAGCGUCAAGAAGAUGAGUGCCGACCACCCUCCCCCGUAUGCCCCGCCUCCACCGGCCCAAGGCUUCGUAGGCUCGGCGGGCGCCACGCCUUACCAGGCGGCGCCCUCCUCCUACUACUACCAGGACCCGCAGCAGUACGCGACCCCGCCCGGCUACCGCACGCCCUUCUACGUCGCGCCCUCGGGCUGGGACGCCCCCAAGGCCUACGGGGGGCCGCCCAAACACACGGUGUACGUGGUGGACCAGAACGAGGGUGCGGGCCACAUCGGCGGCGGCGGAGCUUUGAGGUCGUUGUUAUCGACGUGCUCCACCCUUCUGUGUUGUUGUUGUCUGUGUGACCUACUGACACGUCACCUCUGACCUCUCGGCUUC